AUGCGGAAGAUCGCCCAGACAAUGCUGGUGCUGCCGGGUUAUUCCUACCUCUCUCGGACGAAGCGGGACACCCUGCUAAAGAACAUUCAGAGAGAUUGCCCAAAUAUUCUCUUGGUAGAUGCAGUCUAUCUUCAUCUCGUCGCCUGUUGCUCUCCCGCAGUUGAGCAGGAGCUUGCUGAGCCAACUUCUCCUGAACGGAAGAUCCUCGAUCGGCUGCUGGACUACGGCGACGAUAUCCGGCUUCCAGGAACAACUGAGGCCCUGCGUUUCAAUCAGAACGUAGCGUACGUGCUGCCGAGACCCGGUUCAAUAUCUCCUUGGUCAAGCAAGGCGACAGAUAUUGCGGCGAUAUGCAACUUGCGGAACCAUAUUGAGAGACUCGAGCACGGUGUUGCGUUUGUGUUCACCACAACGGGAGCUGCCAUCACAUCGGAAGACCUUCAAAAAAUUUCACAUCUCCUCCACGACCGUAUGACGCAUGUCGUGCAGCUCUCUCCUCCGGAUCCCGCUGCUCUCUUUUCACACGAGAAGGCUCGGUCACUGCGCACUGUUCCUUUGUCUUCAGCAUUUUCCAGCGGUCAAGCCGCUCGAGAGAGACUUGUCAGUGCGAACAAGGAGUUUGGUCUCGCCCUCUCUGCGGAUGAAAUCGACUACCUGGUCGAUGCCUUCGUGUCAGGAUCGUCUCCCAUUAAUCGCGACCCCACAGAUGCCGAACUGUUUAUGUUUGCCCAAGUCAAUUCGGAACACUGCAGGCACAAGAUUUUCAAUGCGACGUGGACGAUCGACGGCCAGAUGAAGGACACAUCUCUGUUCCAGAUGAUUCGGAACACGGAAAAAGUCAAUGGGACAGGAACAGUCUCUGCCUACUCUGACAACGCCGCUGUUUUGGAAGGUUGCCUCGCUCCUCGAUUUAGCCCAGCCGACAGACCGAACCUCUACCAAGCUCGCGUAGAGCACAUGCCCAUCCUCGUCAAAGUGGAGACUCACAACCAUCCCACUGCCGUCUCGCCGUACCCAGGAGCAGCGACAGGAUCUGGUGGCGAAAUCAGAGAUGAGGGGGCCGUAGGACGUGGUUCCAAGCCGAAAGCCGGGCUCUCUGGCUUCACGGUUUCGAAUCUGCUUAUCCCAGAAUAUGAGCAGCCUUGGGAAACAGACUUUGGACGUCCAGGGCACAUUGCAUCUGCGUUGGACAUCAUGAUCGAGGGACCCUUGGGAGCGUGUGCUUUCAACAACGAGUUCGGACGUCCGGCAUUGGCAGGAUAUUUCCGCACGUUCGUUGAGCGCGUUCCCACAAGCGAGAAUGGCACCACAGAGAUCAGAGGAUACCACAAGCCCAUCAUGAUCGCUGGCGGUCUGGGAAACGUCCGUCCAGCAUUCGCAAGAAAGUCGAAGAUUUCGGCUGGCGCGAAGAUUGUCGUCCUCGGUGGGCCAGGAAUGCUCAUUGGCCUUGGUGGCGGUGCUGCAAGUAGCCAGGUAUCUGGUGCAAGCUCUGCAGAGUUGGACUUUGCGAGCGUGCAGAGAGAAAACCCUGAAAUGCAGAGAAGAUGCCAGCAAGUGAUUGACGCAUGCGUCGACCUAGGAGAAGGCAACCCCAUCCAGUCUAUCCAUGAUGUGGGUGCUGGCGGGUUGUCGAACGCCUUGCCGGAGUUGGUGCACGACUCUGACUUGGGUGCGAUAUUCGAAAUCAGAGAUGUCUUGGUCGCCGACUCUAGCAUGUCUCCCAUGGAGAUCUGGUGCAAUGAGAGCCAGGAACGAUAUGUCCUUGCUAUUUCUCCCGAUAAGGAGGAGGAAUUCAGGACAUUAGCUACGCGCGAACGCUGUCCGUUCUCGAUCGUCGGUAUCGCGACUACGGAAGAGGAACUGAUUGUCACAGACCGCUUGCUCAAGCAAGAGGUCAUUCACUUGAAGAUGUCGACGCUCUUCGGCAAGCCCCCCCGGAUGCACCGUACCGAUGCCACGAAAAUCGCAUCUCUCACAUUGUUCGACGCCUCUCUCCGCAAUUACCUUCCUACUGCCGCUACGCUAUCAGAACGACUCUCUCUUGCAGUGAACAGAGUUCUGCGCCUCCCCUCCGUCGGCUCUAAGUCCUUCCUCAUCACCAUUGGAGACAGGUCCGUUACGGGGCUGGUGACUCGCGAUCAAAUGGCGGGCCCGUGGCAGGUGCCUGUGGCAGACGUCGCCGUUACUCGAGCAUCGUACGGUUUUGAUGUGCUGCAGGGUGAAGCGAUGGCCAUGGGCGAGCGCACACCGGUUGCCUUGCUCAGUCCUGCAGCAUCAGCCCGCAUGGCUGUGGCGGAAUCCCUCACCAACCUUGCAGCGGCUCAUGUGGGUGACCUGGGGCGCGUGAAGUUGAGCGCGAACUGGAUGUGUGCUGCAUCUAAGGCCGGCGAAGGUGCCGCGCUAUACGAGGCCGUGAAGGCCGUCGGGAUGGAGCUCUGUCCCGCUCUGGGCGUAGGCAUCCCUGUCGGCAAAGACUCAAUGUCGAUGUCGAUGAAAUGGAGGGAAGGUACGGAGCAGCGUGAAGUCAGUGCGCCAUUGUCGCUCAUCGUGACUGCCUUUGCUGGCAUCGAGAACGUUCGCGCGACGUGGACCCCUCAGCUUCGGACCGAUGUUGGUGAACCAACGGUGCUGGUGUUCUUUGAUCUCGCCGGCGGCAAGCAUCGUCUCGGAGGAUCAGCUCUUGCGCAAGUGUUUAAGGAAAUUGGUUCAGACGCUCCUGACGUGGAAGAUCCUGCGCUCUUGAAAGCAUUCUUCGUCGGAUGUCAGAAAGUUAGAACCACCGAGCCUGGAUUGGUGCUCGCGUAUCACGACAGAUCUGAUGGUGGUCUGUUCACCACUGUAGCAGAGAUGUCGUUCGCUGGCCGCGUGGGGGUGAAGAUCUCUUUGGACGUUAUCACCGCCGUCGCGGAUCCGAUCUCAGCGUUGUUCAACGAAGAGCUCGGUGCGGUGUUGCAGGUCCGCAGGUCGCAAGUUCCUCGUCUUCAAGAAGUCUUUGUUGGAGCUGGCUUCCCCGCAUCGUUCAUUCACAAGAUCGGCCUAGUAGAGAAGAAUGCCGCUGAUCAGUCGUUCACGAUCAUCUACAACUCCACUGUGUUCUUCACCAGCACGCGCCAAGAGCUGCAAAAGGCGUGGGCGGAAACAUCCUAUAGAAUGCAGCUACUCAGGGACAAUCCGGCAGGCGCGAAGGAGGAGUACGCUCUCAUUGCGGACGAGUCUCACAGAGGACUCUACUACGACCUGACUUUCGCCUACGAGCCCACUCGCGAUCUGGCUCUCACGUCCAGGCCUAAGGUCGCAAUCCUACGCGAGCAGGGAGUAAACGGACACGUGGAGAUGGCAUGGGCGUUCACCGCAGCAGGCUUCGAUGCCAUCGACGUGCACAUGUCCGACAUCCUCAGCGGCGCGACCCGCCUCUCCGGGUUUCGCGGGAUCGCCGCGUGCGGCGGGUUUUCCUACGGCGACGUCCUCGGCGCGGGCAAAGGCUGGGCGAACUCCGUGCUCCUGAACACGACCGCGCGCACGGAGUUCCACGCGUUCUUCGCCCGUGCGGACACGUUCGCGCUCGGCGUCUGCAACGGGUGCCAGUUCAUGAGCAACCUGCGCGAGAUCAUACCCGGUGCGGAGGCCUGGCCGGACUUCAAGCGCAACCGCAGCGAGCGCUACGAGGGGCGCGUCGCGAUGGUCGAGGUCGUCCCCGGGCUCGUGACGAGCGCGUCGGUGUUCCUGCACGACAUGGUCGGCUCGAAGCUGCCCGUGGCAGUUGCGCACGGCGAGGGCCGCGUAUCGUACAGCGGCGACACGCAAGGAUCUGUGCGUGCGCUGGAGGAGCGUGGCUUGCUAGCUGUGCGAUAUGUCGAUGCGGACGGGAAACCGACGGAAGUGUACCCGCUGAAUCCGAAUGGAAGCCCGGGUGGCAUUACCGGCGUGCAGACACCAGAUGGACGCGUCCUGGCGCUGAUGCCGCACCCGGAGCGGGUCGUCACCCUUGAGAGCAACAGCUGGUACCCACCCGAGUUUGUGGACACGUGGAAGGGGAGUGGACCUUGGUUCAGGCUUUUCCAGAAUGCACGCAGGUGGUGUGGCAACUGA